CAUGAUUGGUCCAUCCAAGUCGUCCGACCAAAAUCCACACUAACGCACGAGCCGUACAGGAUCCCUCCUCCUCGUCGGGCGCUGCCUGCACAAAAGGAGGAAGGAACAAGAGAGACAGAGCAACACAAUAUGUCAGAGGCAGAGAGUAAAAGACUUUAGGAGAGAGAGAGAGAGAGAGAGAGAGAGGGGAACGGAUUCGUGUGAUGAUGAUGCACAACGGAAACAAUGGGUACGGGAACGGGGUGAUGACGGUAGCGUCGACGGGAACGACGGCGUAUCCACCGACGACGAAUGCGCAAGCUCAGGCGCUGAAGACGUACUUCAAGACGCCAGAGGGACGGUACAAGCUCCAGUACGAGAAGACUCACCCCCCUGGUCUCCUUCCGUAUUCCCACGGCAAAUCCGUUUCUUUGGUAACUCUAGCACAUCUCAAGGACAAGCCUACACAGGCUGGGCCAGCGCCGAGCUCUAGUGCGAGUACGAGCAGUGGAGUGAGAUAUGCAGCUGCAAGGCUCUUAGGGGUAGGGGGUGGAAAUGGUGGCCGGACGCUUAAUUUUGUUGGAGGGAAUGGCACGAGUAAAACUACUAAUGGAACUAGUAGAAGUAGUUCAUUCGCAGGGUCUAAUGGUAGUCAUUCUAUGCUUAAUUCAAAUUAUGAUGGUAAAGGAACCUAUUUGAUAUUCAAUGUAGGGGAUACUUUAUUUAUCAGCGACCUCAAUUCGCAGGAUAAGGAUCCUAUAAAGGCGAUACAUUUUAGCAAUUCAAACCCUGUCUGCCAUUCAUUUGAUCCUGAAUCCAAGGAUGGACAUGACUUGCUUAUAGGAUUGUACUCUGGAGAUGUUUACUCGGUGUCUUUGCGACAACAAUUACAAGAUGUUGGAAAGAAGCUCGUCGGUGCCCACCAUUAUAACAAAGAAGGUUCAGUCAGUAACAGUCGAUGUGCCGGUAUUGCAUGGGUUCCCAAAGGUGAUGGUACUUUUGUUGUUGCUCAUGCUGAUGGAAACUUGUAUGCGUAUGAAAAGUGCAAGGAUGGUACUGCUGAUUCUUCUUUUCCAGUUAUAAAGGAUCAAACCCAGUUUUCUGUGGCGCAUGCGAGGUCCAGUAAGGGUAAUCCAAUUGCUAGAUGGCAUAUCUGCCAAGGAUCAAUCAACAGCAUUGCUUUCUCUACUGAUGGUGCAUAUUUGGCUAUAGUUGGCAGAGAUGGGUAUCUGCGGGUAUUUGACUACUCAAAAGAACAAUUAAUAUGUGGUGGAAAAAGCUAUUAUGGUGCUCUUCUAUGUUGUGCCUGGAGUGUUGAUGGAAAAUAUGUUCUCACGGGUGGUGAAGAUGAUCUAGUUACAGUAUGGAGUAUGGAAGAUCGGAAGGUAGUGGCAUGGGGCGAGGGGCACAACUCAUGGGUCAGUGGAGUGACUUUUGACUCAUAUUGGUCAUCACCGACUUCAGAUGGCACAGAAGAAAAUACCAUGUACCGAUUUGGUUCUGUUGGUCAGGAUACACAGUUGCUUUUGUGGGAUUUGUCAAUGGACGAGAUCGUAGUGCCACUUCGCCGGUGUCCACCUGGUGGGUCCCCUACAUUCAGUACCGGAAGCCAAUCAUCUCAUUGGGACAGCGCUUGCCCGGUGGGCACUCUCCAACCUGCACCAAGCAUGCGAGUCGUUCCAAAGCUCUCGCCAUUAGUCGCCCACCGCGUCCAUUCCGAACCCCAAUCUGGCAUAAUUUUUACGGAGGAAUCUAUUCUCACUGCGUGUCGGGAAGGGCAUGUCAAGGUUUGGAUGAGACCUGGAAUUUCUGAGGGCCAAACUAGCAACUCAGAAGCCCUUGUAGGUACUAGUUCAAAGGAGCAACCGUUGGUGUCGGGGAAAACUGGUGCCUCUAGUUAUAAAUCUGUACAUCUAUAAGUUAACACCAAAAGCCUCUAAGUUGUUUGUUUUUCACGGCCUUUUUAAUUGUUCCCUCGAUAGUCAGUACCCUAUAAUGCUUCUUGUUUUUAUUUUCCUUUUGCUUUUUCUUUUUUCUUACAGAAGAAUAGCCAGCCAUAUUAAUCGAAAUUGAGUUAGGCAUAUUACUUGCACCAAUUGUGGUUCGUCA